CUGUUGCUGGCAGCCAGGAAGUAAUCGAAGUACCGGGCCGAGCUCACGAGUCCGGCACGAGACUUCCAUUUUUCGGAGGAGCAGUUGAGCCCAUUGUGGGGGUCGUGAGGCGACUUAAGCACGCCGGAUGAGGGACGCUAACGGCAGUGAGAGGGAGCUCGCGAGUCUCGGUGUGGCUCGACCGCUCACCCGGAUGGUGCUGAAGCUGCUCACGGAAAAACAGAACAGGGCGGAUGCUGCUGCUUUCCGCUCGGUCUAAUUACUAAUUUUUACGCCUUUUUUAAAUGUGAAUUCCCAAUCGGACCGUUCACAUCCCUCGGUGAACAAGUGACCGGGAGAACCGCGCAGAGUGAAGCUUGCGCGGCUGCCUGGGAAACACCGACGCCGGUCCGGGCCUCGUAGGUUUCGGCUUCAUAGUGGAGCGGAUGGACGAGGAUGCUGGCCGGAUGACUUGAUCGAGCACGCAUUAGUAGACGAAGCAGGGAACAACGAAACAAGAUGGAGGAGGCUGCCCUCGGAGCCAUACGGCCGGCUGUGCAGGCCACCGAUGACGGCUCCAUGACACAGCAGGACGAGGCCCUUCUCGAGGAGGAGAUGGAAAGACUUUUGGAGGAAAACGACUACCUGAAGUGCGAGAUCGAGGAGAUGAGGGCCGAGAUGGACGAAAUGCGUGACACCUUCUACGAGGAAGACACGUGUCAGCUGCAGGACAUUAAGCGUGACCUGGAGCGGGCCAACAAAAACUGCCGGAUCCUGCAGUACCGUCUACGCAAAGCCGAGAGGAAACGGCUGCGUUACGCCCAGACGGGGGAGAUCGAUGAGGAGCUGCUUCGGAGUCUGGAACAGGACCUCAAGGUGGCCAAAGAUGUAUCAGUGAGGCUGCACCAUGAGCUGGAGAAGGUGGAGGAGACUCGCUCCAAAACAGAAGAUGAGAACGAGAAGUUGAGGCAGAGUCUCAUCGAGGUGGAGGUUACCAAACAAGCCUUGCAAAAUGAACUUGACAAAGCCAAAGACAAAAAACGAGGAGUAAAGGACACUCAGAAGACUGACAAGAAAGCAGCGCAGACUCCCACUGAGGAGGACAAUGAGGACCUUAAGUGCCAGCUGGCCUUGAUCAAGGAAGAGGCUGUUCUCAUGAGGAGGAAGACUGCCACCAUCGACAAAGAGAAAGACCGUUUGGAGCAAGAACUGCAGAAGUACCGCUCCUUCUAUGGCGAACUAGACAGCACCCAUCCCAAAGGCGAGGCUGGGGGGCCGCCCUCUACCCGUGAGUCCGAGCUCAAGCUCCGCCUCCGUCUGGUGGAGGAGGAGGCUAACAUCCUCGGGAGGAAAAUCGUUGAAUUGGAGGUGGAGAACAGAGGUCUGAGGGCCGAGCUGGAUGACCUCCGCGGUGAGGGCGAAGGAGAAAGCGGCUCUGGGGUCGGCGCAAUGGGCGGUCCGGGUUCGGGGCGAGGGCUCGGGGACGACCUAACUGAGCUAAGACAGCAGCUUCAGCUGGUGGAAGACGAAGCCGAGCUUUUGCGGAGGAACCUCGCAGACGCUGAGGAACAGAACCAGAGGGUGACCAACGAGCUGAACAAGAUGCGAUUCAAGGCCAGCACUUAUGAGGGCGGGGCCCGGCACGGAGGUGUCUCAGGGGUGGGCGGCAUUGACGUAGUGAAGGCUGAGGCUUUACAGGAGGAACUGAAAGCAGCCAGGCUUCAGAUAAAUGACCUUAGUGGCAAGGUGAUGCAGCUGCAAUACGAGAACAGAGUGCUGUUGUCCAACAUGCAGCGCUAUGACCUGGCCUCUCACCUGUCCCUGCGGCCCAGCCCAAGGGACAGCGACGCUGAGAGCGAUAGUGGCGGCGGUACGAGCGGUCGCCGCGAAAGCGAUGAGGAUUCUACGUCGUCCCGCCUGCUCCCACCCCACCGCAAACGCGAGGGCCCAGUCGGCGGUGAGAGCGACCCGGAUGAAGUCAGAAAUAACGGCUCCGGUCGUUGUCCGACGCCUACCAGAGGCCUCCUAACGCCGUCCGGACCCGAGGGGGCCGCCUCCUCUCCUUUAGCUCGUUUGCUACCCGGCGGACGGUACAGCCUGCGUGAAAGGCAGCAGAUGAUCGACAUCCGCGUGGAAGCCGAGAGGCUCGUUAGGACCAUCGACCGGCUCAUUGCCGACACGGCAGUUAUCAUCACAGAAGCGAGGGUUUACGUUUCCAACGGCGACCAGGAGCGAGGCAGCGAGGAUGACGGGAGCCGGAUCAGGGAGCAUGAGCUGCUGUAUCGCAUCAAUGCCCAAAUGAAAGCUUUCAGGAAGGAACUACAGGCCUUCAUAGACAGACUGGAAGUGCCCAGGCUGGAAGACCGAGAGACCGAGGAGCCGCUGUCGAUGUUCCAGCCUAUCAUUUUGCUCAUCCUCAUACUUGUGUUGUUUUCCUCUCUAUCUUAUGGAACUAUCUUUAAACUGGUCUUUCUCUUCACCCUAUUCUUUGUUCUGUGAUUGUACGCCUCCCCUUACCUACCACCCCUUUUUUAAAUCUGCAUUUACCCCUUGUCGAUUCUUCUGUUGAUUUGAUAUUUUUUGUUCCCACCCGCCUCACCACAUUAUUUGUUGCCAAGGUUACCAUAAAACACAGUGGAAAGCUCGUCACUUCCAUGUUGUUCCCGUUAUCCUUGACACUACGGAAUAAGUACCACGGGAAGUGUUUCCCAAGCCAUCCAUCUACUGCUGUGACGCACAGCGGCAUCCCUGCAAUCACUCAGCGAAGGGGAAGUGA